GAUCAGUAACAAGGGUGGGCACACUUAUUGACACUACUGCGCAUGUUGGCAAACGUAGCCUCAUGAGUGACCAGACACCUAUACAGUACCAAAAUAUAUAUAACUUGUCUGUUAAUAACAGGUCAACGGACGCUCAGCACAUGCAUCAACCAGGUUCACGCAUAGAGAAUGUAGGCUUACCUCAUGGUGCUAACCUAUUCUGCAAUUACCGCAAUGUGGACUCGGUUAAUCGGUUAGCUUAUAAUGGUCUUCCACAAUCUCCGUUUGUGAUCUCGAUGGCCUACCCCGAAGUUCAGCAGCAUGAUCACAUGGGCAUCUCGACGCAUCCUGACUGUGUUCAAUACCAACCUUUCUAUAAUACCCUCGUCCCAGCUAUUCAAACACUUCCUAAUCAGGCGGGUGGAAACCAACAGCCUAGUAUUGAUCAACAUAAGCCGCCAGUCCGUAAAAAAAAACCAUUAUGUAUAAUUGAUCCAAUAACAAAGUCAGAAGUCAAUCUGGAAGAAGCGUCAAAAACUCCUAUAGAGCCACGCAAGAAAGAACCACUAAUACUUAUGCAACCCAUGGCAGACGAAUCACCUCCCAUACCACAAACAAAAGAAGAAAAUGAAAAACCUGUUUGCACCGAGUGUAAGGAUGAGGGUAUAUCAAGCGUAGAGACAGUGUCACAAGAUGCCACGCCUGAAGAGAAUGUGAUCUCAGAUGAUUUGUGUGAUGUCACCGAGCUCGCCAAGUCACAAGACGAGCAUUUGUCACAGGAUGAAACGGAAUCGGAUGAUGGGAAAAAAGAGGAUACAAUAGACAGACAGAGAUAUUCACGUGACUUUAUACUUUCUUGUAAAGCCUUGGGCGUAGAAGUAUCGCUAGAUAAUUAUAAGGAUAUCAUGAACAGCUUUGCAAAUAUCAAAAGAACUCGUAAUCAGCCUAAUUAUAUGCACAAGGGAAGGAUUAUUCAAAUACCUACAGCAAUAACAAUCAAACGCGUAGAGGGUGCCUUCGUCCCGUCAAAACUUAUUCAAGGAGCUAAUAAUGUAAUCGAUAGCUCUAAAGAGGUUGCUCGAGAAAUGAAUAUGAUUUUAAACCGCGUUUCACCUAGCAAUUUAGAGGUGACUAUCAGUGAUAUCGAGAAACUUAACAUAUCAACGCCUGAAGACCUCAACUUGCUGGCAAAGACGAUUUUUCAAAAAGGUAUCAGGCAGUCGAAAUACAGUAAAGUUUUCGCUAAUUUAUGUAAAGAGCUGAAAGGGUUGGAAGUGCAAGGUUCAGAACGUUUCCCAGUAUUAAUUUUACAACAAACACAAGAGCUGUUUAAUAAACCAUUAGAAGUCCUAAUAACUGAAUUAAAUUCUGCCAUUGACGCUAAAAUUGCGGCAGCCAAGGAUGAAUCAAUAAAACGAAUUCUCGAAGAUGACCGAGAAACAAAUAUCCAAAAGAAAACUGAUGCUUAUUAUGGAAAUAUAACAUUCAUUGCUGAGCUUUAUCUUGCUGGAGUUAUUCCAAUCAAAUCUAUUACUGAAUGCUUAAAAAAAUUAAAAGACUCUUCAGCCCCAGAAUCGCUAGGCUCUCUCAUAAUACUGUUAAAUAUAUGUGGCAGUAGUCUUGAGAAAAAUUCCAAAUCUAUGUUGGAUUUGUGUUUUAAGCGACUGGAACAGAUAAGAGAUUCUAAAACUCUUGAGCCUCAUCAGAUCUAUAAAAUACGAGAGUUGGUAGGAUUGCGUGCUCGUGAUUGGAAAUCUCUUGAUACUACUGUCCAACCUCAAGCACAAAUCGAUAAUUCUAGGCGAAUAAUAGAUGAUAAACAAAAGCGAAACUUCAUUCAACUAGAUACAACAAAACGUAAAUCUUCCCAGUCAUUGAAUCCUUUGACGCCUGCCAGUUUAGCUGUUACUUCACAAUCUUGCGAUUCCCGAAAACUCGGUCCAGCCGUAGGAAACUGGAGUCAUGGUAGUGGUUUACUGCGACCUUCUGAAGAUAACCAUUCAAAACAUAAUCAGCAUUCAGUACAUUCUCGCGAAUCAUCGCCACGAGUACCUUUGGGACCUCAAGGUGCUUGGGCACGUCCUUUGCCGGUAGGGCAAAAAGUGAAAGAAAAAGAUUAUGAUUCAAUGUUGGAGGAAACGAAGGGUUCUGCUCGUUCAAUAGUGGAGACGGUUUCAAGUUCCCAAAAUGAAGAAUGCCAUCAUACUAUUACUAAGUGUGAACCUGAAAAACGAUCAGCUUUACUUCACAAUAUAUAUGAGUUGUUAAUGGAAAGCAACUCAAAAAAACGAAAUGAAGUUGGUCGAUUUUGUGUAAAUAUGCUUCGCGAAGGAGUCCUUUCAGAAAAUAAUAUUAUUACGUCAUGUGAAAACUUUUUCAAACUAUGCGAUAGUGAUUGGAUUUCAGAUUAUCCACUAGGUUGGCAAUAUGUUGCAGAAAUACUUCAUCAUCUUAUUUGUGGCGAAUCCAAUUAUAUGAACACUCUUCUUCGAUCGGUUGAAUCUCUCCGCUCUGAUAACCGAGCUGUUGAAUUGGUAGCAGAUUGUAUUAAACGAAGCAAAACAUCGACAAGUAUUGAUCAACUUGUAAAAAAACUUCAAGCUUGUAACUUUACUUGGGAUAAACUCGGUAUGACAAGUAACAAAACUUGGGACUUUGUAUAUGAGCGAUCGAUAGAGUUCACAAUCUAUGAAGUUUAUAGCUAUGAAUCUGAAAAACUAAAAGAGCUCAAUGAGCUUACUACGAAUCCUUCAUCUCCAGAUAAAAUCUCAGGUUAUUUUAAUGCGCUAUCUCAGCGUAACCUGUCCAAAUGGUUUAUGCAGUCGAUCAUGCCAAUUUUGCUUAGAUCUUCAGAUCAAUCAAAAGCAAAGAUAGAUUCGUUUGUCAUGUCCCUGGGUAUUCUGGUUGAUCACAAGCCGGACAGAGAGUUUUACAUUUUAAGUGGCUUCCAAGAUCCAGCAUCAGACCAAGCUCUUAUCGGCUUAUGGCUUACUUCGUUAGUUGAAAAGAAAGUCAUAUCGGCCGACGCUUUAUCACAAUGGAAAAAAAGUGAUAACGACGGUUUUGUAGCCAAAAUUCUCGCUGAAAAUAUUCCCCUGAAUUAA